AUGACUGACGCAGCCUCUAGCAACAGCCAGGCCGGCGCCGGCGCCGGUGCGUCCAAGGACCUGCGCAUCCUCGCCACGACCUACAACGGCACCGUCCUGCCCUACAGCGUCGACCCCUCGACGUCUUCGUUCGACGCCGCGCCCGCCAACGUGGCCGCCAAGCAGUUCGGGCAGAACCCAGGCUGGGUCUGCUAUGCCCCCUCAUUCUCGACGGGCAGCCGGGAUGCUUCGCGCCGCAUCCUCUACAUCGCCGACGGCGCCUCGGGCAACAUGUUUGCCGCCUCGCUCAAGUCGGCCGACCCGCUGCAGCUCGACCCCAUCGGCCAGCCCGUCUCGUCAAAGGGCCAGGAGCCCGUCUCGUGCAGCGUCGGCCACGGCGCCUCGGCCAACAUGCUCUUUGUGGCAAAUUACGGCACGGGCUCCCUCGCCUACUUCCACCUCGACCCCAAGACGGGCGAGAUUGACGAGUCCUCGAGGCAGACCUACCAGUUCACCCGAGAGGGCACCGGACCGGUCAAGGACCGCCAGGACCACAGCUACGCGCACCAGACUCAGAUCUCGCCCACCGGCGACUGGGUCUACAUCUGCGACCUGGGCGCCGAUGUCGUCCACCGCUUCCAGAUCACGGCCGCAAAGGGCCAGCAGGCGGCCAAGGUCGAGUACAAGGGCGACACCAAGGUCGAUGUCGGCAGCGGGCCUCGCCACAUCACCUUCUACCCUUCGCUCGCCGACGCGAGCAAAAAGGCGGGCGACGACAAGAUGUACGCCUACCUCGCCUCGGAGCUCUCGUCGACCGUCACGGCCUUUGAGCACGACGCGGCGACGGGAGAGCUCAAGCAGCUCGGCAAACCCCUCUACCCGUUCCCGGCUGGAACGCCGCUCUCGGGCCCCGGCAUCCUGCCCACCAACCGCACCACGGCCGAGAUUGAGGUGUCGCCCGACGGCCGCUUCGUCUACGUCUCGAACCGCGGCGACAAGAAGGAGGACCACAUCACCAUCUUUUCGCGCGACGCUCACCAGGGCACGCUCCGCUUUGAAAAGUGGAUCGGCAGCGGCGGCCUGCUGCCGCGCCACUUUUCCCUCAGCUCGCCCGCCGACGGCACCGCUGGCUACCUCGUCUCGGCCCACCAGGACAGCCAGGACCUCGUCCUGUUCAAGCGCAACGUACAGACUGGCGACCUCGAAAAGGUCAAGAAGAUCCCGGAUGUUGGCGUCGUCGUCUACGCCGGCUUCCUGCCUGCCUGA